AUGGCCCUGGAUACCACGGUAUUCGCCUCCCGAACUGCAAGGCGCCGUAUUGCUGCUAAGACCGCCUCCGUUUCUAUGCCGAUGUCACCAAUACAACGAUGGAGGUCUCUUCGUGGUGGGGAGGGGAUUCCACCCAUUGAAAGUCAUUUGGAGUUCUCUUCCUCUUUCACUUCAUUUUUCUCUUCCUUCUCCUCUUCAUCUUCUCCCCUCUUCUUCCUUUUUCACUUCGUUUUUCUCUUCCUUCUCCUCUUCAUCUUCUCCCUCUUCUCCCUCUUUCACUUCAUUUUAUCUUCCUUCUCCUCUUCAUCUUCUCCCCUCUUCUUCCUCUUUCACUUCGUUUUUCUCUUCCUUCUCCUCUUCAUCUUCUCCCCUCUUCUUCCUCUUUCACUUCGUUUUUCUCUUCCUUCUCCUCUUCAUCUUCUCCCCUCUUCUUCCUCUUUCACUUCGGUUUUCUCUUCCUUCUCCUCUUCAUCUUCCCUCUUCUUCCCUAUUUCUUUUUUUUUCUUCCUUCUCCUCUUCAUCUUCUCCCUCUUUUCCCUUUUCUCUUUGUUUUCUUUUCUUCUUCUCCUCUUCAUCUUCUCCCUCUUCUUCCUCUUUCACUUCGUUUUUCUUCCUUCUCCUCUUUCAUCUUAUUUUUUCUUCUUCUUCUUUUCUUUUCUUUCUUAUUUCUUCUCUUUCAUUUCAUUUCUUUUUCAUUUAUCCUUUCUUUUUUCACUUACUUUUUCGUAUUUUGUAACCGUUUAUCCCUCUUUCUUUUCAUUCCUCUCUCUCUCUCUCCCUUUCUCUCUUUCUCUGUUCUUUUUUUCACUUCUUUCUUUUUCAUUUUUUAUUCAAGCAUUUAUUAUUUCUUUCUUUCGUUUUUCUUCCCUUUUUAUUUAUUUACUUUCUUUUUAUCUUAUUUUUCUCAAGAUUUUUUUUCCUUUUUCUAUAUUUCUUUUUCAUUCAUUCAUUUUCGAUUUUUUUCUCUUUGUGAUCCUGUUCCCUUUAUGA